AAAUUACAUCUUUAGCUCCUAAAAUAUAAUACGCUAUAGAUACGUUCAUGUAUUAAAAAUAUAAAUGUAUACAUGAUGAACAAUACAAAUACAAUUUUUAUCAAUCAUAUAAGAAAAAAAAGUGAAACUGAAUAUACAAUUCUGAAAAGAGAAAAUUUCAGACAUUACAAUUUCAAAUAAAUCAGUGGAAUUCAAAAGUUUCAAAGUAAUUUGGCGAUGAGUCAUGACGCAUACUGUCGAUGUCAAAAAGAAUAUGGCGAUAGUACGUGGUUGGUGUACAAUCUUCUGUUGAUUCUGUCCGAGGUGAAUAGUGUUCAUUGUGUUUAUGAGUGCGGUUAUAAUAGGAAUUUGAUGUACAAUUCGCUGGGACAAUGAGUUUCUUUAGCAAAGUAUUCGGUGGAAAGAAGGAGCCGGCCCCUCAGUCGACGGCCGAGGCAAUACAAAAGUUACGCGAGACGGAGGAUAUGUUAAUAAAAAAGCAAGAUUUUCUUGAAACUAAAAUAGACCUUGAAAUUCAAAUUGCCAGGAAAAAUGGAACGAAAAAUAAGAGAGCCGCGUUACAAGCUCUUAAAAGAAAGAAACGAUAUGAGAAACAGUUACAGCAAAUCGAUGGUACGUUAUCUACCAUUGAAAUGCAAAGAGAAGCACUUGAAAGUGCAAACACAAACACAGCCGUUCUAACUACAAUGAAAAAUGCAGCAGAUGCAUUAAAAUCUGUUCACCAACACAUGGAUGUUGACCAAGUGCACGAUAUGAUGGACGACAUAGCUGAACAACAAGAUGUAGCAAAAGAAAUUUCAGAUGCAAUAUCUAAUCCUGUAGCAUUUGGUCAAGAUAUAGAUGAAGAUGAAUUAGAAAAGGAAUUAGAAGAGCUUGAACAAGAACAACUUGAUAAAGAAUUGCUUGGUAUUGAGACUACUGAUGAACUUCCAAAUGUUCCAGCUACUGCAAUUCCAGCUGCACCAGCUGGAACUCGCACAAAAACCAAACCAGAAGAAGACGAAGACUUAAAAGAACUAGAACAAUGGGCAUCGUAAGGUGGUAUCAAAACGCUUGUAAAAAUAAACUGUGUAAGGAACUAAUAGUUAAAACAAAGUAUAUAUUGCUAAAGAGCUCAACAAUGUUACAAGAAUCUUUACUCUCUAAAUUUUAUGUCAUUUAAUUAUUUCAGACUUGAUACUACAGUAUUUUUCUGUGUGCAUUUCAAAAAUUGAUCAAAAUAACAAUAAAGUUUUGAUAAGUCAGUUUACUUUCUAUGCAGCAAGUAAAAAUAUCUUUAUCGACAUAUAAAAAAAGUUUCAAAAUUAAUAAUAAGCAAAUAUCUUACAUGAAUACAUACUAGACAAGAUAUUUUGUAAUUACAGUGAAAAGAAUUGACUAACACAAACGAGUACAUAAUUUAUCUUUCCAACAGUAAUUGUUGACGAAUUAUAUAUAUGUAGUUGCUGUAUAAAAAAGUAGAUAAACUACAAACUGUUGUUGCUUUUUGAACUUGAGUAUUAUAUUAAUGUAUAUAACAUUCUAAAUUCUGUUCAAAUUAUUAGAUGGCUUCCUACACUUUGUAUAAAUGUGACUGCUACGAAUAAAUCUAUUCAAAUGUAUAUUAGUUUAGUGUAACUGCAAAUAAAGCAGAAGUGUCAACAAACUUUAAAUAUUUAUAUUUUUAUAGGUACAUUUAGGCAUUCAUUUAUGUAUAAGUAAAGUAUAAUACAAUGUUACAUAUAAAAUAAUAGGACUUGAAUAUAAAGUUGAACGUAAUUACAAUUAGGAAAAUUUGCAAAGUUAUAAAUAUAUUUAAAUAAUUCAUAGUAUAUAUAUAUAUACAAUUCAUUCAAGAAGUAAAAGUUUCUUCUUUAGUUUUAAUAUCGGCAAACGUCGUUCUCAUAUGCAACGAUAGGAGUAGGAGUAUAUUUUUUGUUUAAUUUAGUACCCAAUGCUGGUAUUGGUAAUGGGUAAAUAUAAGGUUUAACAGGAAAUCUAGUACCAGCGAUAUCAAUUUCGUAACGUGCUGUGGGAUUCAUUAUAAACUCUGUUGUAACAAUAUUCUUAUUAGAUUGCAAAUAUCUUGGUCCUGGUAGACUAAUAAAACCAAGACAAAUAUGUGUUCCGGUUGCAAAACCAU